GGGGCCAUCGCGCCCCGCGGUUCCCGGGUCCCAGCGCCGGUUCCCGCCCGUUGUGCUCGUGUCGCCGGUUUCCGCGCUGCCCGUCACGUCCCGGCGGAGCGGGCCCGGCUGCUGCUCGGCCGGGGCUGCUGGGACCGGCUCCAUCCCGCCCGCUGCUCCGCGUCCGCCCCGCGCAGCGACAAGUGCCGGUUCUCCUGAGAACCUUCCAGGCGCUGAAGUUCGUUACGUGUUCCCAUUUAUUUCUGGAGUCGUCGGCUUGAACACUCCGCUUUGUUCUCCACGAGCUGGGGGAUAUGAAGGCGAUUGGGACGGCGCUUUGUGCCGCGGGGGUCGUCACCGCGCUCCUGGCUUUCUUCUGGAAAGACCCUUUCGACCCAGAGCGCUUGGCCGGCGCCCGCGUCCUCCUGACCGGAGCCAGCGCGGGGAUUGGGGAGCAGAUGGCGUAUCAUUAUUCCCGCUUUGGCGCCGAGAUCGUUUUGACGGCGAGGAGGGAAGCCGUGCUGCGGGAGGUGGCAGAAAAAUGCAAGACGCUUGGAGCAAAGAAAAUACUUUAUAUCCCUGCAGAUAUGUCUUCCCCUUCAGAGCCCGAGAGGGUGGUGCGGUUUGCUGUGCAAAAGCUGGGGGGACUGGAUUACCUGGUGCUCAACCACAUCGCUGCGAACCGGUUCCAGAUGUGGGAUGGAGAUGUGGAAUACACUCGCCGGCUCAUGCAGGUGAAUUUCUUCAGUUACGUGGCCCUCGCAACGGCGGCUCUUCAGACCCUGGAGAGGAGCAACGGCUCCCUGGUGGUCGUUUCCUCCCUCACAGGACGAAUACCCACUCCCUUCACCACUUCUUACUCUGCCUCCAAGUUUGCGCUGGACGGAUUCUUCACCUCGCUGCGCCACGAGCUCACCAUGCAGAAGAAAAACGUCUCUGUCACCCUGUGCAUCCUGGGCCUGAUCGACACCGCCACGGCGCUGGAGAACACCAGGGGCAAAGUGUACAUGACGGCUUCUCCCGCUCCCGAAGCCGCUCUCGCCAUCAUCCGCGGGGGAGCCAUGCGGGUGCAGGAGCUUUUCUACCCGUGGUUGCUGCAGCACGUGUGCCAGCUCUGGGUUCUGUUCCCGAGUAACCGCGACCAGGUUUUACAGAGUUACUACAACUACAGCAGCCCGUAAGGACGCUCGGUCUCCUCUCCCGUCCCGCAUCCCUUCUCACCGCGUCCCGCGGAGCUGGAGCGGGUGACGACGGAACCUUCGCCUUUUCGUGAGGCUCUUCUUGGUGUGCGUCCCCUCCCGCUCCGGCCGCAGCUCUGACACCGGGCAGCUUGUCCCCCUGUCCCCGUCUCAGCCGCCACGUCUCGCCUGUUCAGCCUCACCUGCUUUUACCCCGCGGCUCCUCCGCUCCAGCACACCCCGCGAUGUCCGUGCACUCCACCGCUUCAUUGUUUUGUGCAUUCCGCGAACCUCCUUGCUUCCUAUAAAUAGAAUUUUAACCUCUAUUUUAAUUAAGCUAAUUUGUAACGUGUUGCUGUCACACGUUGAAGUUCCCUUUGUCUCCAUGUAUAAGCUUUACCCAAGAGCGGCUGCAACUAACGCACGAAGGAAAAUCCCAGUUACUCAGCAAGUAAAACUUUUAUUAAAUAAAUUUAAGAUUUUUUUUGACCAGA